AUGGCGAGUGCCCGGACGAAAGCCGCGCUGUGGCGUGCGUCUCGUAGCUCUUACGGUACUGCUCAGCGGCUCUCGUUGUCAACAAAAGCAACGGACGCCGCAGCUGCUGCAUUGCGCAUGGGCUUUAAAAAAGCAGAGGACGACACGAAAGCCGUUGAGGAUGAGCGUGCAGUGCUAAUGAAGGACAUUCCGGUUACGGAAGGACCAGAGGAGACGAAGAAGAAGCUCGUGCCGCCUGCGGGAAGCUCUUCUCAGCCGCUGUGGCUCACACAGGACCAUCCUGUGACGGACUUGUCGGGUUUUGCACCCAAAAUAGUGGUGGUUGGUGUCGGAGGGGCUGGAGGCAACGCUGUGAACAACAUGAUCGCGCGCGGUUUGCAGGGUGUCGAUUUCCUUGUUUGCAAUACGGACGCGCAGCACUUGCGCACGACACUGACUGAGAACCGCGUUCAAAUGGCUCCAGAGUUGACUGGAGGACUGGGCUGUGGUGCUAACCCUGAAGUUGGACGGGAGGCAGCCGAGGCAGCGAUUGAUGAGAUACUAGAACGCACUCAGGGUGCAAACAUGAUGUUUGUCACUGCAGGCAUGGGCGGUGGCACUGGAACUGGUGCCGCACCCGUUAUUGCUCAGGCGGCCUUGGAUGCUGGUAUUCUCACGGUAGCCGUCGUCACAAAGCCGUUUCGAUUCGAAGGCAACAAUCGCGCAAAGCUCGCGGCGCAGGGUCUUGCUGAGCUGAAGGAUAGUGUAGACACGAUGCUUGUGAUCCCAAACCAGAACCUGUUCAACAUGUCGGACGAACGUACGUCAUUGAUGGACGCAUUUCGAAUGGCGGACAAUGUGCUACUGGACGGUGUCAAGAACAUCUCGGACCUGAUGGUGAUGCCAGGACUUAUCAAUCUUGACUUUGCUGACGUACAGUCGGUGAUGCAAAAUAUGGGGAACGCCAUGAUGGGGAGCGGAGAGGCUGACGGAGAAAACAGAGCUUUGCGUGCUGCAGAUGACGCGCUGGCAAAUCCUCUUCUGGGGGACAUUUCAAUCAAGGACGCCAAGGGCAUGAUUGUAAACAUCACUGGAGGCUCCGAUCUGACACUAUUUGAGGUUGACGAAGCUGCAGAACGUGUAACACGAGAGCUCGAUGAUCCACACGCCAACAUAAUCUUCGGUUCGACGUUUGACGACUCGCUGGACGGUAAAGUGCGCGUUUCUGUAGUUGCCACGGGUAUCGCUGAUCCUGAAAAGCUAUAG